GAGGGAAUGUUUACAUUUGAGAGAGAGAGAGAGAGAGCGAGAGAGAGAGAGAGAGAGGCGGGUCAGGCGGCAGCUCUCACAAGUACCUCACAGAACUCUUGUCAGUGAAUGUCACGAGGAACACGCACGAGGAGCGAGGUUGUGAGGGGAAAGUGAGAUGCAGAUGAUGUCCCUGAACAGCACGGUGCGAGUGUCGGGCGAGGAACCUGACCCGGGGCGAGAGGAGAGGUCGGGCCGGGUGAGGGAGGUGGGCAACCAGGCGGUGUGGUCACUCUCCUCUUGCAAGCCAGGGUUUGGUGUGGAGCAGCUGAGGGAUGACUGCCUGGACACUUACUGGCAGUCUGAUGGGCCACAGCCUCACCUUGUCAACAUUCAGUUCCGCCGCAAGACAACCAUACAGGACGUGUGGAUCUAUGCGGACUACAAGGCUGAUGAGAGCUACACCCCAAGCAGGAUCUCCAUUCGCUGUGGGACUCACUUCAACGACCUGCAGGAGAUAGAGGUGGUGGACUUACAUGAGCCGAGUGGUUGGCUGCUCAUACCCCUCAAGGACAUCCAGGAGAGGCCCAUCCGCACCUACAUGGUCCAGAUUGCAGUGCUGUCCAACCACCAGAAUGGCCGAGACACUCACAUGCGCCAGAUCAAGAUACACUCCCCUGUUGUGAACACUGUGGUGGCAGUGGAGUGUGUGGGCGCUUUCACCUCGCCUAUCUUCAAGCGGUAUGGUGUCAUUCGAUGAUUGUGUGUGUGUGUGUGUGUGUGUGUGUGAGGUAUGUAGGUUUUGGGUGAGUGAGGGUGAGUUUAUAAGAAAGAGGGUAUGUUGUGAAAUUGAGAGGGGUAUAUUUGGGUUUUGUAUGAGAGGGAGGGGAGUAAGUAUGUGUGUGUGCCAGUAUUAGAGGGAAUUAGAUCUUGUAUCCUGUGAUUUCUUCCUUAAGGGUUAAGCCUCGUCAGGGAAAUGGAUAGACGAUGACAAAAUAUUUUUUAUUUCUUAAAAACUUCAAACUUUGUGCAAAAAACUACAAGAUAAACUGAUAAUUGCACAAAAACACUUUUCACUAGUUUUUAUAUUUUUUACAAGACAUUAACUACUUUGCAUAUCAUAGUGUUUAGAUGCUUGACAAGACAACGUGAAAACCAAUUUAUCAAGCAACAUGAAAACCAAUUUAGAGUCGUUGAAUACUGACUGCCACACGAGAAGCCUUGCUUGUGAUGGCAGGAGAAGGAAGGACAGACACACAGUUCAUCACUUUUUCUCACCUAAAAACCCCAACAAUAAAUAUGCAAUAAAUAAAAUGCAAUAUGACACUUGGUCCUGACAAAAAAAUGUACAUCACACACACACACACACACACACACACACACACACACACACACACACACACACACACACACACACACACACACACACACA